AAUAAUAAUAAUAAUAAUAAUAAUAAUAAUAAUAAUACCUUUCUUCAAUCCAAUAUUGUGCUUCUCCAGCAUUCCACGCUGAUGCUGCAAAAGAGCAUCCAGCUAGGAAGAGGAUGAGAAGGAAAAGCAGAGGUUUGGUGGGGAACUAGGAGAGUCACUUUCAAUUGGGAUGUUGAUUUUGCCAUCGAAGGCCUGCCGCUUUUAUCAGGGUUCUAUAGACUCUUACGUUUAACCUCUUCCCUGGUUAAUGUUUAACUCGACCGGUGUGGUCCGAUAAGCCACUGGGUUGGGGAUAUUAUUUCGGAGAGGGAUUAUUAUUUUAUUAUAUAUUUUUGCAAUUUUCUGACUGAAGAAAGACAGAAGAGUGCCCAAAGGAUCCCUGCCAAUCCUGGAUCCGAAAGAGGAUCCAUCCUGGGGAGGAACGUUUGAAUGUUCUUUUGAGCCCUGAAACUCUUUUGAUGGAUCCUCCCGUGGACCUUUCCUCCUUGAAGCCUGUUCGGCGUUUUGUCCCAACGUCUUGGAAGACUUUCUUCCACCGAUGGAGAAGGAGGAGUUUCCCGUCCUCCUCUUUGGAUGUUUCCUCGUUCCCUCCAUCUCCCAGCAAAGAGGAGGAUGUGGUGAUGACAAUGGACCCUUCUUCUCCUGCUAGUUCUUCCCCUCCGCCAGUGUACGAGGCCAAAGAGGAAUCCUUUCGGCGCAAAUAUUCCUACCUGAGGUCCUACGCGGGCCUUUUGCGGCUGCUGUCUGGCCUGGAGCUGCUCCUGGGUGGCCUGGUCUUUGCUUGUGUGGCGGCCUAUGUCCAGAAGGAUGACCAGUGGAACCAGUUGUAUCGCAGCUCCUUUAUGCCGUACAAUGGUUUCAUGGGAUAUGGUGGCUAUUAUGGCCCAAUGAGCCCCUUUGUGCUGGCAGUGGCCGGCCUGGCCUGGCUGCUGACCCUGCUGCUGCUGGGCCUGGGCUUGACCACCUACCACCGAGUCAUCCUCCUCGGGGCCCGCUGGUGGCCCCCAACUGAGGCCGGGCUCAACCUCCUGAUGGCGCUGCUCUACCUGGCAGCUGCCCUGGCCUACCUCAACGGGGUGCGCCGUGGGGGGCUCUGUUACACCGCCCUGGCCUACAACCCCCUCCUGGAGGCCCUCUGCAGGGUUGGCGGAGGGCAAGUGGCCGCCCUGCUCUUCCUCUUUCUCAAUGCCGGGCUCUACUUCGCUGGGGCACUCCUUGGGCUCCUCAAGGGGGGUGCGCCGGCACCAGAAAGGGUAAAUGGGGCCCUCUCCAGCUGCAAAGCUUUCUCAGAGCCAUGCUCCUCAAUGCAAAGUAAUGUCUCCUCCUCCUCCUCCUCUUCCUCUGCCCAGCCAGAAGCUCUUUACUGGAACUUCUUUAGCAGCAUCGGCAUCAAGAAGCAAAACACAAUGUUGGGUUUCAACCAAAGUCCCAAAAGGGGGGCAGGUUUUGGGAUAGGCCUUCCUUCAUGCCGGACUCAUGGCCCGUUUUCUUUUCCGCAGCUGCAGCCACAGCCGCCACCGCCCCUUCUGCCCGCUGCCCCCCAGCCACUGCCCCCUUCAGAGGACUCCCUUCUGGCCACAAAAGUGACCCGGCGGGUUGAGUUUUCAGAGGAGGGUCCGGAGACCCUGAGCUGUGCCAUCCCCACAGGCCGUGCUCCUAGGCCGCACCUGGUCCCCGACUACGUCCUAAAGUACCCGGCCAUCACAACGCAGGGCGACCGGGAGAAAUACAAAGCUGUCUUCAUGGAUCAGUAUGCCGAGUACAAAGAGCUGUACGACGAAGUCCGAGCUGCGCAAAGGAAGUUCCGGGAACUGAGCACACUGAUGCACCGACUGCCACACCGCAGUACGGACGGGAAGGAGCAAAGCCGGCUCUCGGCUGUCUGGAGGCAGUAUCGGAGCAAGAAGAAGGAUCCGGCCUACUUGGAGAAACAGGAGCGAUGCCACUACCUGCAAAGGAAACUAACACAUAUCAAAGUCCAGAUCCAAGCCUUUGACCGAGAAUCUGGCGAGGAGACGUCUGUCCACCUCUGACACAUAGAUGCCAUAGGAGAGUCUUGAUAAUGUAUAGAUGCUUUUGGAGAGCUUUAAUUAUACAUAGAUGCCAUAGGAUAGUCUUAAAAAUACAUAGAUGAUAUAAGAGAGUCUUGAUAAUACAUAUAUGCCAAACGAGAGCCUUCAUAAUAUAUAGAUGCCGUAGGAAAGUCCUGAUAAUAUAUAGAUGUCUUAAUAAUGCAUAGAUGUCAUUGGAGAGACCUGAUAAUACAAAGGUGCCAUAGAAGAGUCUUAAUCAUAUAUGGAUGACAUAGGAGAUUCCUGAUGAUGUAUAGAUACCAUAAGAGAGUCCUGAUAAUACAUAGAUGCCAUAAGAGAGUCCUUAUAAAACACAGAUGCUAUAGGAGAGUCUUAAUAAUGCAUAGAAAUCAUAGGAGAAUCCUGAUAAUAAUAAAUGCCAUAGGGGAGUCUUGAUAAUACAUAGAUGCCAUAGGAGAGUCUCAAUAAUGCAUAGAUGCCAAAGGAGAGUCCUGAUAAUACAUAGAUGCUAUACCAGAGUCUUGAUAAAGUAUGGAUGACAUAGGAGAGUCUUGAUAAUACACAGAUGAUAUACUAGAGGCUUGAUAAGAUGUGGAUGCCAUAGGAGAGUCUGUGGCGGAAUGAAAAUCACAUGUAGUUAACGUUUUUACUAAUCCACACACUGUCUUGCUAGAAAAAGGGUACGCCACACAAAUGAUCAGUAAAGAAUAAGGUGUUUACUCUUUCUUAUGCAGAGCAACAUAUAUAAAGUCAUGAGAACAGUUGCAUUGAGUCACACAAUGUCCUUUGAGAGAGAUUCAAAUGGUCUUUAGGUGUCCGUGUGAGGGAUCAUCUUCCAGCAGCCAAGAAGCAAAAAUAUAAACUUGUCUUGGCAGAAAACUUAAACAUGUAACUGUUGCCAAAACUCCCAGGCUCAGCUAGCUUCCGAUCAUAGCCCAACCAAUCAGCUUUAUGGUUUGCAUUUUUCACUUAACACACUCACCAUUACAUUCUCCAAUAGAGUCCUGAUAAUACAUAGAUGCCAUAGGAGAGUCCUGAUAAUUCAUAGAUGCCAUAGAAGAGUCUUGAUAAUACAUAGAUGCUAUAGGAGAGUCCUGAUACUACAUAGAUGCUAUAGGAGAGUCCUGAUAAUGCAUAGAUACUAUAGAAGAAUCCUGAUAAUACAUAGAUGCCAUAGGAAAGUCCUGAUACUACAUAGAUGCUAUAGGAGAGUCUUAAUCAAACAUAGAUGCUAUCAGAGAGUCGUGGUAAUACAUAGAUGCCAUAGGAGAGUCCUAAUAAUACAUAGAUGCAGUAGGAGAGUCUUAAUCAUACAUAGAUGCUAUAGGAGAGUAUUGGUAAUACAUAGAUUCUAUACAAGGGUUCUGAUAAUACAUAGAUGUGCAAAACGGGCCCUGGCACAUACUAAAGAGGCCCCAAACAACUUCUAAAAUACAUCCCCAGGGCCCAUUUUGCCCAUUUGGUGUAUUCUGUUUAAACUUCUGUUUAGGGCCUCUUUAGUAUAUUAGAAAUAACAAUAGAUAAGGAAGGGAGAUAUAUAGUGCUAAUAUGUAAAAUAAAUGGUAGGAAAUAUACAAUAGGAAAUGUAUAUGACCCAAAUAAAGGACAAAAGAAAUACUUUAGAAAGUGGUUUAAGAAAGUACAAGAAAUCUAUCAAGGGGAGCUAAUAGUUGGAGGUGACUUUAAUAUGGACCUUAGAAAUAACAAAAAUCUUUUAAAAUAAUGGAAAUUGGAGGACGUAUUUGAAGAAAAUUCUAUAAAUCAAAAGCCAACAUACUUCCCACAUAGUCAUAAAUGUUUCACAUGGAUAGAAUACAUAUUAAUAAGAAACUCUAACAGGUCUAGAGUUUUAAAUACAGAAACGCAACUGAUCUGAAUUUCAGACCAUGCGCCUAUUAUAGUCGAGUUAAAGCUAGAGGAGCCAGAUGAAACAGAGGUAAUAAAAACUUGGAUAUAUAAAAAAUUGAUAAUUAAGACAGAAAAACUCAAGAAAGAACUAUUAGAAGAGAUAAAAAAUAUUUCAAGGAAAAUAGGGGCUCAGCAAGUAUAGAAACAGUCUGGGAUGCAACAAAAGUGGUUAUUAGGGGUUAUUGCAUAGCAAAAGAAGUGGCAGUAAAGAAACGGCAAGAUAAAGAAAGGAAAAGAAUGGUUAGAGAAAUAGAGGAAACAAAAAUACUGUUACAAAUAAAUACCAAGUGCAGGUGAAAGUAAAGUUGGAAAAAUUAAAGAAACUAUUAGAAGAAAUGGAUAAUUUGGACUUAUAGAGAAAAGAGAUAUUUGUCAAAAAUAAUUUUCAAAGGCAAAAUACAAAUACAAUGAAAAAAAUUAGCUAAUUAUCUGAAAAAUGCGAAAGAGAAAUGAAGAGUCACCCAGUUAAAGAAUAAAUAUAAUAAAAAUGUAAAUUCAAAUAAAGAAAUAAGAGAGGUAUUUGAAGACUUCUACUGAGGCUUAUAUAAAAACAAAUACACGGAGAAAGGUUUAAUGAAAAUAUACCAAAGAUAUAAGAUAGAGAGGACAAUAGGGAACUAGCUGCAGAAAUAACAUAUCAAGAAAUAGAGCAGGUGAUCGACGCAUUGAAAAAUGCAAAAUCCCCGGGAUGUGAUGGUUACACUGCAGAGUUUUCCAAAGAAACAAAAGAAAUAAUAAUAUCAGAAUUGAAGAAUUUAUUUAAUAGUAUAAUGAUAGGAGGAAAAACUCCAUAUACAUGGAGAGAAUCAGAGAUAAUAACAGUGAGAAAGAGUGGGAAAGAUCCAGAAGACCCUAAUUCAUAUAGACCUAUUAGCCUCCUAAAUCAGGAUUACAAAAUAUUCAUGAAAAUAUUAGUCAACAGAAUAGAAGGGAUUAUAACUGAAAUAGUAAAGGGCGAUCAAUGCAGGUUUAUAAAAGGUAGAAACAUUGCACAUCCUAUAAGAAAUGUAUUAAACAUUCUUAAUCAUAACAAAAAAAGAAAAACUGCACUCUUAAAGUUAGACAUAUAUAAAGCUUUUGAUUCAUUAAACCAUGAUUAUCUGUUGCAAUUAACAGGUAACUACGGAUUUGAAAUUUCAUUUACUAAAAUAAUAAAAGAGUUAUAUAGUAACAUGAGAGCAAGAAUAAGAGUAAAUGAAGGACUAACAAAAUACUUGAAAAUAGAAAGAGGAAUAAAACAAGGCUGCCCUCGAUCUCCGCUGUUAUUUGCAUUAGCAAUGGAACCUCUGGCAGACAGAAUACGAAACAAUGGCAGGAUAAAGGGAUAUCAGAUUAAAAACGAAGAACUGAAGAUAAAUCUUUAUGCAGAUGACAUUUUAUUAAUAACUAGCUGUCCCCUGCCACGCGUUGCUGUGGCCCAGUCUUUUGAUCUGGAAAAUAAAGGAAUGAGAAAGUGUUGGUUUCUAAUAUAUGUUAUUUCUUUAUGCUUCUGGGUAAACAGUAUUUCUUGCUGUUUGUCAGUGUUGAUGUAGAGAGUGUCUGGUUUGCCCACCCUGGAACAUGCA